GUGUGGGUCGGGUCAUAAACAAAGCGACGAAUGAAUGAGGAGAGCGAUGGCACUCCACAAGACUACAACAGCCAUUGGUCGAAAUGGCACUCUGGUCAUCCAGGCUCCGAGUGGCACCUGACCUAUGACGAUGUUCGCAACUUGCUGAGGCCCAUUCUGCAAAGCUUGCUGGAGCGACCAGUGACAGAAGGUGGAAAUCCACCUGGCGUUUUGGACCUCGGAUGCGGGACCAGCUCCUUCAGCCUGCAACUCCUAGAAGAGUACCCACAGGCUUCUUUGAUGUUGGUGGAUGUCUCCGAGUUUCUCAUCGCUCAGCUGAAGGACUUGCAUGCCAAGAACCCUCGCGUGUCUUGUGUGCUUGGAGACUGUCGCACCUCUGAGGCAUUUGCGGUCCCAAAGGGAAGCAUGGCCGUUGUUGUGGACAAGGGCACAGUGGAUGCGAUCCAUGAUGCCCCUGAGAAGGUCCAGAUGCUUGAGUCAGCAGCUUCCCUUCUACAGCCGGAUGGGAUUUUGAUCUCCAUCUCCUUUGCAACAGCAGCUCAAGUCUUGCUCCUCAGAAGAGUUGCUGCGAAACUUCAGCUGAAAUUGGCCCUGCUGAUCGUGCAGGCUCAAAAAGAGAUCCGCUUGCUCUCAUUGCUUGGGAGGAGCUGGGACACUUCCAUUGUCGAUAGCCUUGGUGACCAAGAGCUGACCAAGCGUGAGCUGGACAAGUUGCUAUACACUGGCCCUUUGCGUAGCGAGCAAUUUGUGGCAUUUGACAACAAGCAACUUGCUAUGAGCAUCAUGGUCGAACAAGAGGUCAAGAAGCAACGCCUCGGAGAAGAUUCCACAGGAUGUGUGGUUUGGCCAUCUGCUCAUUCGAUGUGUGCCCAUCUUUGCGCCCAUCCAGAGUUGGUACGUGGCAAACGUGUGGUGGAGCUAGGUGCAGGCACUGGGCUGGUUGGCUUGGUUUGCGGCGCCUUGGGUGCUUCCGAAGUGGUACUGACUGACUUGCUUCCGGGAGUUGAACUUCUUCAAAAGAACGUGGCCUUGAACUCCGCUGCUUUAGGCGAGACUCCCAUCAAGGUGGCAGAAUUGCGUUGGGGAAAAGAGGCUGCAAAAAAGGUCAUGCCGAGUGGAUGCGACGGAUGCGAUGUGGUCAUUGGUUGUGAGGUCAUCUACCAGCAUGACGAUGAGACAGCUCAAGCACUGGUCGAAGCCAUGCGCUUCCUGGUUCGGGAGGAUGGGAUAUGCUUAAUGGCAUAUGAAUUCCGGGAUGGACUGAUGCAGGAUGCUGUGUUCUUCGACUGUGCGAAUGAAGUCUUUGAGGUGAGCGGAGAAUCCUUGGUGCAAUAUGGCUUUGGCUUAUCCUCGGAGGACGGUGACGACCGCAUGCUCUACACGUACCAUUUGAAGAAGACCCAGCAGAGGCUACCAGGGGAGAAAAAGCGUUUUUGGCCUCCUGCAAAACCUCAAGAUUUUCACGGGCGUCAUGCCGAUGGGCUUGUGAUCGACACCAGUUCCCGGACAAUUUCAGCAACAGAUGUCGUGGAGGCCUUUGGUGGAGCCAUCACCUGUGGUGGGCCGCUUCUCGGUUCCGAUGAGUCAGCCACGUCCCUCAUUUUGACACUUCAGGAGUGGGGCUUUGGAGGCCCUGAUGAGGCGCCGAGACGACAGCGAAGCACAAGAUAUGAUCAGGCUGUCAGAAAUGGUUCCUCACUCAUCCAGCCGCCUGGCAAUCUUGAAGUUGGUGGCCAGAAAUUUGUCUGCAUCUUCAAAAUAGGACUUGAAGACGAUGAAGAGUUCGCCCUUGUCAAACGGAUUCUUGGAAAGGCUGGAAACAAUAUGCGGCGAAUUUCCGAUGACUGCAAUGCGAGGGUCCGUUUGCGCGGUAUUGGCAGUGGCUUUUUGGAAGGAGCUAAUGCCACAGAGGCAGACAUGCCACUGCAAUUGAAUGUCAGCUGCACAGACUACUCUGACUAUGUCGCCGCUGUCGAUCAAGUUGCACGAUUGCUGAGGGAUUUGUACAAACACUACAGGCGGUAUGCACGCUCUAAGCAAAUGGAACCACCAGAUGUCAAGUUGUGUGUGGAAGAAGUCAGACGCGAUGACCUGAAGCUGAACCUAUUUGCUGGAAAGGAUUCCAUCACUGCAGAGGUGGAGGGUAAACGUGCUCCUUUGAAAGAUGCCCCAACCUCUCCAGCCCUCAGAGAUGCCGACAAAAGUCAUGUGGUAUCUCAUAUUCUUCGUAGCUGGCCCAACGCUCAGUCCAAACGCAAAGCUCAGUCUCGUGGAGACGCCUUGCAGGCCAUCUACUUCCAGGGCACAGAACAGAACAGAACAGAAGUGGAUCUCUGGCAGCUGUCACCUGCGACUCAGCUGUCAAGGCAAGGAGUCAAGGUUCCUGAAGAGACGGCCCAAGACUCUUCAAAGGCCACAUUGGAUGGGCAAACAUCUGUGCAGACUACUGACGUGGGAGACACUCUAUUGACCGUUGCUACGUCGCUGGGUGAGUCCGCAGGAACCAGUGCGGGCGGCGCAACGGAGCAGUCAUUGCCUCCCGCAAAACCUCCAGGCUUUCACGAGCGUUAUCCCAACGGGCUUGUGAUCGAAGCCUUUCCCCGGACAAUUUCCGCCACAGAUGUCGUUGAGGCUUUUGGUGGGACACUGGCAUUUGGCGGGCCACUUCUUGAUUCUGAUGAGUCAAGGCAAUCCUUGAUUUUGACACUUCAGGAGUGGGGCCUUGGAGGCCCUGAUGAGGCGCCAAGGCGACAGCGGAGCCGAAGAUAUGAUGAGGCUGCUAAACGUGGCCUGUCGAAUCUCAUCCAGCCACCCGGGAAUCUUGAAGGUGACAACCAGAAGUUCAUCUGCGUUUUCCAAAUAGGACUUGAAGAUGAUGAAGAGUUCUGCCUUGUCAAACGAAUUCUUGGAAAGGCUGGAAACAAUAUGCGGCGAAUUGCCGAUGACUGCAAUGCAAAGGUCCGUUUGCAUGGUAUUGGCAGUGGCUUUUUGGAAGGCUCCGAUGGCACAGAGGCAAACAUGCCACUGCAGUUGAAUGUCAGCUGCACAGACUACGUUGACUAUGUCGCAGCCGUUGAUCAAGUAGCACGUUUGCUGAAGGAUCUGUACAAACACUACAGGCGGUAUGCACGCUCUAAGCAAAUGGAACCACCAGAUGUCAAGUUGUGUGUGGAGGAAGUCAGACGCGACGACCUGAACCUGGACCAAUUUGCUGAAAAGGCCAAUCGCACAGAUGCAGAGCGGGAGCGUGACAAAAAGCUGAGGGAGCAGCAGCUGCUAAUCUAUGGCUCCCCUGUAGUUGUGGCGAUUGCAUUUCUGCUUGUUCAAUACCCGGACUGGGUAAGCUUUGCAUCGCUUGAGUCACUGGACCAGCUGGGCAGUUUCCUUGCGAACUUGCUAUCGGACACGAACAUUUUUGUGUUGUCAGCUGCAUAUGCGCGCUGGGCCUUGCCCUGGCCUUGGGCAUCCCGAGAAUCAACUCAGCUGAAAACAGUCGCAGCCGUUUCUGUGGGACUGGUUGCAAAGUGGAACGUUGAAGCUGCGCGAAAGGCGUCUUAUGGGGCCACCUCUGAUAUGGGUCCUUGCCGUUAUUUGCUAUUUCACUACUGGCCACUUUGUGUGGCUCAUAUGAACUCCUACCUUUUCACAGCAAUUUUAACAGACAUCUUUGCGGUGGCAAUGCUGGCCGGCUGGCAAGUCCUGAUUCUCACUCUCUAUUUCACUGUUUGGUGGCAUCCCUUAGCUGACAUGCUUUUCAGGGCCCUUGAUAUUUUCCUCCCUGUGAGCGAAGUUGCAUCGGCAUUCCAAAUUCUCAGAGAGGUAGUUGGGAAGGAGGACUUCGACUGUUGUGCUGCAGAGCUCUUCAUCGUCGUCAGCUAUGUGCAGAUCUCCCUUGGCUACGUGAACAUUUGGUAUAUGCGACAGGAUAAAGCCCGCUCUAAUGCACUACUGGAUGUGGCGAGUGGGAAGCUGGCAGCACGACAAUUUCUCACACAAAGAGUGCUGGUAUAUGUGAGCAGCGUUGCGUUGCCGUACAUGUUCCAGCGCAGCAUCAUGGAGACAGCCAACAGUGCAUCCUUUCGGCAUUUUUUCAAUAAGGUCGAGGAAUCCUUGCGGGUUGACUCUUUUCUGCACGCUGGUGAGAAUCCCCACAACAGGCUUGAAGUGGUGCGCGACUCAAACUACACGGUGGACGGGUAUACAGAAUCCUUCAAUCAUUUAAUUCACACAUGCUACAACAUGAUAGAAGGCAAAUUGUGGGAAUUGCCGAACCUUGUGCUCCUCUCUGGAAUGCUAUUUGGUCAGCCCCUUCUCACGUUGACUCUGCUGCCUGUCAGCAUUGGGCUUGACUUCGCUCGUGUCCGUGCAGUGUCUUUUGUCACAAUGCUUGUGGAAGAGACUUCCAAACGUCGUCGAGGACUUGCAGACAAGCGAAAAAAGAUCGUACAGCAUGAUUCUCGACAUGCUGAAAUCAUCAGCCGCACCGGGGCAGCUUCUAUAGUGGCAAAGCGCUGGGAUGGCCUUGCCUCUGAGAUACUGGACGUGACUAUUUGGCAGACCUUUUUAGUAGCGUCAAGGACGUACAUGAACUGGAUCUACUACAACAACCUUCUUGGGGUAGGCAUUGAGUGCGCUCUUGCACGUAUCAUGGAGAUUGAUCAGAUUACCAAAGCUGACAUUGGUGUGUACGCAAUGGUCAUCAAUGACGCCAUCGGGUUUCUUCUCACCCGGUACCAGAAGGAAGCGACCCUUGCAGAGAUGCAGACUCACCAGCAACGCCUUACUGAACUGCGGAAAGGAUUUCUGGCUCAUGACAUGAGGCCUGCAGUGGUGAACAAACCGCCGGAGGUAUUGAAACAGGAUGCCACCAGACUCUCGAGUUUGGAAGAGGUGGAAAGGUUCUCGAUUCUUGCUGCAUGCAGGCAGCCAAUGCCAUUGCCGGCUGGCCUGGUGGCUCAUGGCACAGUGGUGUUCCCUUCGGAGGAGAUCGUGGAAAUACCCCAGAGGCCGUACCAUCCACUCUACAUAAAGCCUUUGGCUUGGUUGCUGAACGAAGCGAAAGAGAUCGAAGAUAUCGACGUGAAAGAGACGAAAGAGGCAGAGGAACGCAUAGCAAAUCUCUCAGCAGCUUUGCGCUUCGAUCAUGCGAAUGCAGAUGCCUCGUCAAGUGCACUUUCCACAGAGAAGUUGCACAGUGAGAUCGCUGAUUGGUAUAGCGAGCUGUCAGGAGGGCAGCGAAGUAAAGCUGAAUUGAUGCGACAGGUUUUUCUCAAAGAACGCUGCCCUAAGGUUGUCUUGAUCGACGAAGCAUUCGCCCCCUUGGAUCCUGCUUCAAAGCAGCUUGUGCAGCAAAGACUGAAGGUGAUGGAAUGCAAUGCGUUAGCGGCAAUGAUUUUUUUGACGACAACUUGCGCAUCUCGAAUGGCAGUGCAAAGUUUGUGGGGCUUUGCCCAGAAAGAUGAUCCUUCCCUCUGUCACCAGCACCGUGGCAACGUGGUCACCUAUGAAAACCAUAUGAAGACCUGCAUCUCGCAGAACUUUCGCUGCAGUGCUGAGCAGCAAGUUGAAGAGAUGCUACUGAUCGAGAGGGAGUGCUUCCUGUGGAUCCAGAAAAGCACUGUGAAGCCAAUUAGCAAGCAGACGAUGGGGCAAGCUAUGUCCUCAGAAUUCAGAGACCCAGGGUUCAUUUGCUGCAGUGCUUCUGCUUGUGAUCUCAACGUGCUGUUGGAAUAUUGGAUUUCAGCAGAAACACUUCCAAGCAGGGUCGCAAAAGGUCCCAAACAUCACUGGCAUAUGCAGCACAUGCAUCAAGAAGUUCGAGUGAUGAUGGUCCACCUAGGUGGCGACAACGGUGGCUACACAAGUUACUCCUUCAACACUUACAGUGGUGCUGUGGAUGACGAGUGGCGGACAAGGACACUUCCCUCUGGGGCUCCGAUGCCAACCACUCCUGCUGGUCGCCGCGCUGCUGCUCGAUCAGGCGGUGCUGCAGCUGCAGCUGCCGUCUCAGCUGCUGCACGUGAGGCUGAACGUGAAGAGCGGGAGCGGAUGCGACAGGAAAAGGAAAAGAGAAGGCGUGAAGCCGAGGAGAAAGCCGCUGCGGCUGCCAAAAGACCAUCUCGAAAUGCUCCACGUGGGAUGGGCUUGGUCACGAGAUCCGCUGGCGAUGCCCAGCAGCUGUCACCGGAUGGCCAACUUCCGAUUGGAGCCAACACUGCGACCCCGCCCCCGGUCCCGAAAGGCAUUGCCAAAGGCACUGGCAAAGGCAAGGGUCCAAGAAAAAGAGGUGGAAGGAACCGCGGCCAAGGCAGAAAUAAGGACAAGGCUGCUGAGGCUGAUGGCGAUGGCGGCGAUGGUGGCGAUGGUGGCGAUUGA